AUGGAAGACAUGGCUUCUUUAUGGUCUUAUCAACAGACAGUGGAUGAAUUGAGACAAAAGCUUUUGUACACUAAUGUUGAACUUGAAGAAUUGAAGGCAGAUAAAAAUGAUGAAGUGAAGAAGAACAAAGAAUAUGUGAAGCAAUUAAUCCAAAUGUUGAAGAUAGUUUGUGAAGAAAGAGAUGAAGCAAGAGUUCAAAUUCAAAAACUACUCAACAAACUUGAUAGUAUUGUGAUGAUGAAGUCUACAAAAGCAAAUUAUUCAACUGAUCAGUACUCCAAUAGCCUGUCUUCAGAAACAUACAAUUACCAUAAUUCAUUUUUCGAUUCAGUUGCUUCCCCUGAAUGUUCCAACAAUAUGGCUUAUGAUCAUAACGUUGACAGUUGUGUUACUCAAUUGGCCCCAAAAGUUGAAUUGAUUAUUGAGAAUCUUGUAAAGGGGAAAACUUUGCCACAACAAGGGAAACUGUUGCAAGCUGUAGUUGAAACAGGACCAAUUCUGCAGACACUUUUAGUUUCAGGACAACUUCCUCAAUGGCGAAAUCCGCCUCAUGUUUCCAUUAAAGGGUGUCAAUCUGAUUCAUCCUGA